AUGAAUAGAAAAUUUGAGGCCUUAAGAAAAUUCGAAGGGGCAGCUGAAAUAGAAAUCCCCAUUACAGGCCCGCUAUAUAUAUAUACACCCAGCCCCCACUUUUGCACAGAGUGGGAAGUGCAAGUGCGUGUUUUUAUCUCACGGUUUAAAGAGGAAACUCUUUCGAAAUCUUGUAAUUCUAACAAUCUUUCUUUAAAUUUUGGGAGAUUGUGUUGUGUCGAGGGUAUCAAAGGGAAUCUUGAAGCUUCAGUGAGUUAUUCAGGGAGCAUGGAUGAUGAGUAUGAGAAAUUAAUAAGGAGAAUGCACCCUCCAAGAGUGGUUAUUGAUAAUGAUUCUUGCAAAAACGCAACUGUCGUUCAGUCGCUUGGUCCGGACUCGUGCUUUGCAUCCUCUCGCCGGAGAUCGGUUGGGCUAACCGCCGGUGGUGACCACACGUCGAUCGAGCUCAUCGGAGCUGAUAGGCCGGGACUUCUCUCUGAGGUCAGCGCCGUGCUGACUCACCUCAAAUGUAACGUUGUGAGUGCAGAAGUGUGGACUCAUAACACUCGAGCUGCCUCGGUUAUGCGGGUCACGGACGAGCUUUCCGGUGGCCCGAUCCACGACCCUGACAGGCUGGCGACAAUUCGCCGACUUUUGUGUAAUGUGGUUAAAGGGAGCAAUAAGUCGAGGGAUGCGAAGACAGCUGUCUCGUGUGGGGUUACGCACACCGAGAGACGGCUUCAUCAGAUGAUGUUUGAUGACCGGGAUUAUGAUAGGAUUGAUGAGGAUUAUGAUGAUGGGGAAGGAUUAGGAAGGGAGAUUAUUAGGCCGAUGGUGAAUGUUGUUAAUUGGGAGGAUAAGGAUUAUUCGGUGGUUACUGUUAGGUGUAAGGAUCGGCCGAAGCUUUUGUUCGAUAUUGUUUGCACGUUGACUGAUAUGCAGUAUGUAGUGUUUCAUGGGAAUGUUGAUACUGAGGGCUUGCAGGCUUAUCAGGAAUACUGCAUAAGGCACAUUGAUGGGUCGCCCGUGAAAUCCGAUGCAGAGAGGCAAAGGGUAAUUCAGUGUCUUGAAGCUGCCAUACAAAGACGAGUGUCUGAAGGGUUGAAGCUGGAACUAUGCACGACUGAUAGAGUCGGGCUUUUAUCUGACGUGACAAGAAUUUUCCGGGAAAGCAGCCUAACCGUAACUCGAGCUGAGGUGUCAACAAGAGCUGGCAAAGCUGUCAACACAUUUUAUGUUCGUGACACUUCAGGAUAUCCAGUUGACCCCAAAAUAAUUGACUCGAUUCGCAAAACCAUCGGUCAAACCAUACUUCGGGUCAAAGGGGCACCUGAAGAGUCAAACCAAGAAUCGUCACCCACUCGAUUUUUGUUCGGUGGCCUUUUCAAGUCGAGGUCUUUCUGUAAUUUCGGUUCGGUUAAGUCGUAUUCGUGAAAUCUUGAAGAUUAUCGUGUUUUGUUGCUUUUUCCUUUUUCGGUGUAUAUUCUGAACUCUGUCCUCUCCUCUUUUAAGAUUAGUUUUUCAAGGUUGUAAAUAACAAAACAUUUCUGCUUGUGGUGAUUAGUGAAAAGAAUUUCACUAUUUUAAGUUUGAUGUUUGUAGUUUGUAGAGAAUGAGUUGUGGUUGUAUGUGGUUUUGGGAGCCAAUAGGUAUCUUUUGAAGAUCUUUGAAUUGACUUUUGAGUUUUUGGACUAAUCUUGGAGGUCAAGGACUUGGACAGUGAAACAAAUCGA